GGAGGAAGGCACUCACACCUGACAACACCCAACUCCCCUCAACCCACCAGCCCACACCAACCCCAGACACCACCAUGACCGGCUCCUGCUGCGGCUCCUUCUCCUCCCACAGCUGUGGGGGAGGCUGCCUCCAGCCCUGCUGCUGCCGCGACCCCUGCUGCUGCCGCCCCGUGUCCUGCCAGACCACCGUGUGCCGCCCCAUCACCUGCGUGCCCCGCUGCACGCGCCCCAUCUGUGAGCCCUGCCGCCGCCCCAUCUGCUGCGACCCCUGCGGCCUGCAGCAGGGCUGCUGCCGCCCCAUCAGCUGCUGCCCCUCGUCCUGCACGGCCGUGGUCUGCAGGCCCUGCUGCUGGACCACCACUGGCUGCCAGCUCCUGUCUGUGCAGGCCCCCUGCUGCCGGCCGCCCUGCUGCCAGCCGGCCCCCUGCCGCACUGUCUGCAGGACCUCCCCCUGCGGCUCCUGCUACUAAAUUGUGCACUGACUGCCUGGAAUAAGCAGCCAACUUUCUGAAAAGAUCAUGCUCCCAUUUCUCUACCUAACAAACCUCCUGCCCUGAGCCAUGAAGACCCCGAGUCUGGGAAUAGAGAUCCAGGUUCAUCUGGCAAUGACCUGGGCUAUUCUCAAGUCUUUGUAACAGAAAUGACUUCUUUAUUUCCAUCUUAGAUCUGAAUCCUUGAGACUUCUUAUUUCCUAAUAAACUUCUCUUCUUUGGCCUUGCAA